AUGGAGAGCGCCGCCCCCUCGGGAGGGGGGCCGGGGGGCUAUGCAGAGUCGAUAGACUCGAUGUCACCGAGGUCGCGGGGAGGGGAAUCGUGGGAUGAUUCCUUCCCCCCGUCGGCGAACGUCGCAGCGGCUGCGCAGCUGGCGGGGGGCGGCGGCGGCGCCAAGCUCCGGCUGAUGUGCAGCUAUGGCGGGCAGAUCGUGCCGCGGCCGCACGACAGGACUCUGUGCUACCUCGGCGGGGAGACUCGGAUCGUGGUGAUGGAGCGCCACUCGACGCUGGGCGAUCUUCACGGCCGCCUUUCCCGCUAUGUCGGCGGCCGCCACUUUUGCGUCAAGUACCAGCUCCCCUCCGAGGACCUCGACUCCCUCAUCUCCGUUACCACCGAUGAGGACCUGGAGAACAUGAUCGAAGAGUACGACCGCGUCGCCGCCGCGGCCGGCGGCGGGAAGCCCCUCCGCCUCCGGCUGUUUCUCUUCCCGGCGAAGCCGGAAUCCACCGGAACGGCCUCCUCCAUCGGGUCCCUCCUCGACGACUCCAAGUCGGAGACCUGGUUUGUGGACGCCCUCAACAGCGCCAUGCUCGGCCGCGGCCGCUCCUCCGUGGAUUCCGUCAAUUGCCUUCUGGGGAUCGAGGAAUCCAAAUCCUCCACCAAUGAAGCCGGCGGCGGAGUUAUCCCCCAGGAAUCGGACAACGGGGUGGUCUAUCCCCGGCAAGACUCGUCGGGGAAGAUCGGCGGCGGCGGCGGCAGCAGGCAUGGCGGACAGGAGAUCCACUCCGUCCCCGAUUCGCCGAUGCUCGGUACUUUCUCGUCGUUCGGAUCGGCGUCGUCUGCUCCGUCCCUCUCGAACCUCCCCCCAAUCCGCGUCCGUUCUGACGAUCGAGGCCCCGAGCGGAGGGGGAUCGGCGCCGGAUUGGAGGAGCACUUUGCUCAGAUGAAUUUCUCCGAUCAGAAGCUGCAGCAGCAGCAGACAGACGUCGAGGGCCUCAAUUCCCACCUUCAGCACCAUCCUCCUCCGCCCCCCCAGUUGAUCAACGUUGUUCCCCUCACCGCCGCAUCGGCAAUCGGAGCGAACCCCACCAACGCUUCCCUCGCAGAAAAUCCUAAUUCUACCAAAGUCUUCUCCUCCGAUGACGACAAAUCGGACCACGGAGGCUUCCGGAGAUCCUCGCCCCAGCAUCCCCAGCAGCAACAGCCUCAGCAACUCCAGCAGCAGCAACAGCAGCAGCAGCAACAACAACAACAACAACAGCAGCAGCAGCAGCAGCAGAAACCCAGCGCUCUGGAUCUAUCCGCAUCAGGCGACGCCUUGGCCAGGUACACAUCCGAGGUCCAAAAUCGCCCUAACCUAUCUCCGCAAUCUAUUGACAAUUGCAAAGAGAUUGAUCGAGCUAUUCGUCCUUCGAUUUCUCGACCUAGGUCUGCAUACUAUCAAGAAAGGUCUUCCCCUGCCGCCGAUCCCAUCCAGGAACCACCCCCUUCCGACCCCGGCUUCAGGUUGCCGGUGCAGGUAAAUGAGAAAGGCUACCUGCUGCAGCAGCAGCCCGCACUGCCCCUCCCUUCUCUGCAGGCCGUCGAACAGCUUCAACCACAGCAACAACAAUCACAGCAGCAGUUCCUCCAGGCCAACCCACAUCUUCUCCACCACCAUGCCGGCGGCGCCGUGCUCCCAAUCAACCACUACUACCAUCAGAUGGCUGCCGUCCACUCGCAGCCGCAGUUGCUGCAGGAUCCACACGCCUACAAUCAACAGGUCCCCAUGUACUUCCUCCCCGUUCGGCAGAACCCCGCCUACAACCUCCAGAUGCAACCCAAUUUGAGCGGCGACCCAGUUGCGGCCAAGCCUCUCCCCGGCAGCGUCCUCCCCUCCGGGGUGGCGCCGCCCAAGCAGGAACUCGCCGGCAACAUCUAUCGGCCAGGAGUCAACGCCCCCACCGCCGUCGCUUCGCAGCACCCCCAGCUCAUCCACCUGGGGGCGGAUCAGUCCCACCAGUUCGUCGGCUACCCCUCGAUGCACCAUCACCGGCCGCAGUCAGCUCCCGGGUACGGCUACGAGUAUGCCGACGCAGGCCGCCCGCAGCAGAUAUACUACACCCAGGCGCCGCCCGCCGCCGCUUUGCCCCCUCAGUACCAGGCGAUGACCUCGGCGACGCUCAUGUCCCAGAACCCCUCCCCAGCGCUGCAGCCACCUGCCGAUCCCAAGCCAGGCAAAGCUCCGUAG